AUGGUUCGCCGCACAAAGGGUUCUCGAGCCCUCGGUUCGGCUCUUCAGCCGCGACCAAUGCCCGCCGGUCGGAAGACACGGCGCGCCUCGGAAGCCGAGCAGGCCAAUGAUGCCGACAGCUUGACCCUGGACGGCUUGUCUCUGGGUUCGUCAAAGGCAAAGCGCCCUGACCCGUUCCCCUUCAUGUCCCUGCCCGGCGAGCUGCGACUCAAGGUGUACGCCUACCACUUUGCGGAUGCCGGCAAGGUUAUGGACCUCGAUCCCGACAACCACAAGCGGCUUCACAGGAAACUGGCCUUGUUCAAGACUUGCCGCACCAUUUACUCUGAAGCAUCGCAUUACUACUACAGCAGCCGAACCUUUCGCCUCUUCCCGACGUUUCCUGGCCGCUUCCUCAAGACCAAGAAGCCGCUUCUGGCCCGUCUCACUCCCUCGAAGCGAGCAUGUCUCACCUCUCUCGAGAUGCGCCUCGGUCCUGGAUGGAACGCCCCGCCCCGUGGCUGGGUUGUGAACCCGGCCCUGGGGCUCAAAGACUGUAUCAACGUCCGGCGGCUGACGGUCUUUGUCGAAUGCGACCCAAGUGACAGCGUCUUCACGGGCUUUCGACGGUCUGAGGGGUUCUACGAGCUCUUCUGCCAAAAGCUCCUCGGCGAGGUACUGGCCGAGUUACCGGCGCUGGAAUACGUCGACUUUGACGGCUGGUCGAGCGUCAAGAAAUCGGGAGAAAUGAUGAAGGGGCUCAUGGAAGUCGCCAUCAUCAAUGACCGCGGUCUACGGUGGGGUCCCGAGCGCGGAUGGACCGACGCCGAGGAGAAGGAGGAAGUCCGCAAACCCAUCUGGACUGUGCCGUCAGUUUCCAGUGUCUCAUUUGGAAUUCAACAGGGCGUUAUGGUUACGGCGUAA